ACGCCGUCGGACGACGGGUAUGUGCCGAAGAAGCAGAGGAUAUGGCAGCUGUUGGUCGAGGCCCGCAACCGCUUGGAGGUGGUCGAGAAGCGCCUGGACGAGACAAGUCACGAGAACAGCUACCUGAGGGAUCGUUUGAACGAGGUCGAGAAGAAGCUCCUGAACAACACAGCGUCGGGGGAGACGGAGGGGGCCGCCACUUCGAUCGCCGACGCAGCUGGAGGCGGUGCCAUGUCGGAACCCGCCGACUCCGAGUUCGACCGCGAGACCGUCUACUACCCCGUGGGCCCCUGCCUCCCGCUCGGCAAGACCGAGGUGUUUUCGCUCUCCGAAGGCCACUACACCCUUGUGGAGCCGACGUUCAACCGCGCCAUCCCGUUGCACGACAUCGCACCGAGCAACAUCAGCACCUACGCCAUCGAGCUGCCCGGCGCCGCUCGCGCCGACACCGAGACUUCGGAGGGCGCGCCAGACGUCGUGCUCCCGCUCAGGGCCGACAACACCGUGGAGCACGAG